CUCGAUCGUUCCUGUCCUCCGAUAAGCCAAUAAACUCUCUUUCCGUAAGGUCAUUCCGCACCUUCCGGCUGGAAUUAGUGUUUAUACUGUCUAGACAUCUUCUGCAAGUGUAAUUUAUAGAUGUUUGAAGACUGACAGUAUAGUCAAGUUUCGGAUUUGGAGCGCGAGGACAGAUGUGUCACUACUGCGGGAUAAAAUGUUUCGCCGGCGGGAAGCUUUACUUAGUUUUACUUCGUUCCUCGAGUCCCCUGGAUCAUUGUGCCGCCGAUACCAGCCAUACUUGUACGUUAAAUGAACGCAUGGUGAUAAAAUGAUACAACUAAAUACGUAAGGGACGAGGUCGACAGAGCUCAAGUGAUCAGUUGGACCUUGGUGGCAUUAAGCCUACGAACAGGUAAUUUAAUCAAUUGAUAAGAGCAGCCAACCAAAUACAUCAGGUGUUUUUACUUUUAUUUUUUACAUCAACUUUUAUUAGACAGAGAUUGGCCUAGAUGUGUGCCAAGUGAGAACACCAGUUGCAUAAUCCCAUCCACCGGAAGAUCUGACUGCGUACAGAAUGACAGGGCAUUUAAAUAUGUUAUAGUCUGACUCUUUAUCAGAUUUUCACAAACCGGCUUUUACGGGGGUGUCGACACACACACACACACACACACACACACACACACACACACACACACACACACACACACACACACACACACACCCAUCAACCCACACACAUACCAACACACACACACACACACACACACACACACACACACACACACACACACACACACACACACACACACACACACACACACACACAUGGGCGACAACAGGGAAUGGUUGUGCCUGGGUUGGACCCAGACUCGCUGUCAAGAGAAGGAUGAAGGAUGUGUGGACCCAGAGACAGAUCGGGGGAGCACAUAUGCGGAACUAUUCAAACAGCUUGACCUGAAUUACGACGGGAGAGUGGACAUCAAUGAACUGCGGAUUGGACUCGCCGCCCGCGGAUUACAGUGGGAUGAUGCAGAAGAGAUUGUGCGACAGGGCGACAGCAACCACGAUGGCACGCUGGACUUUGAGGAGUUCUCGGGGUACUUACGAGCUCAUGAAAAGAAGCUGUCACUCAUUUUCCACAACCUGGACCGCAACAAUGACGGACAUAUUGAUGUGAAAGAGAUUCAACAGUCCCUUCAGGGCCUGGGAGUGGAAGUCAGCAUGGAACAGGCCACCCGGAUACUGCGGAGUAUGGACAGAGACGGCACGAUGUCAAUAGACUGGAAUCAGUGGCGAGAUAAUUUCCUGUUCAACCAUUUUCAAAACCUGGAGGAGAUUGCCCACUUCUGGAAACACUCACAUAUGUUUAACAUCGGAGAACAUCAUACUGUACCGGAUGAAUUCAGCGAGCGAGAGCAUCGCUCAGGAACGGUGUGGAGACAGCUGAUGGCCGGGGCCUCGGCCGGGGCCGUGUCGCGGACAGUGACCGCCCCUCUGGACCGACUCAAGGUCUUUCUGCAGGUGCGCUGCACAACUUCCAAGAGGGUCAGCCUUUGGGCAGGGUCUAAAGUGAUCAUUCAGGAGGGAGGUGUUUUCUCACUCUGGAGAGGAAAUGGCAUUAAUGUCCUCAAGAUCGCCCCUGAAACAGCGAUCAAAUUCAUGGUUUAUGAACAGAUCAAGUGCCGAAUCCGGAGUAGUCGCGAAGGGGGCGCAUUGAGGGUCCAGGAGAGGUUUGUUGCUGGAUCCCUAGCCGGAGUUUCCGCCCAGACCUUAAUCUACCCGAUGGAGGUGUUGAAGACUCGUCUCACACUCAGAAGGACAGGGCAGUACAGAGGGAUCGCCGACUGCGCCGGGCAGAUCCUGAGAAAAGAAGGCGUGCUGGCCUUCUACAGAGGGUACCUGCCCAACAUGCUGGGCAUCAUACCGUACGCCGGCAUCGACCUGGCAGUGUACGAGACCCUGAAGAACGCCUGGCUUCAGAGGUACAGCAAAGGCUCUGCCGACCCAGGAGUGCUGGUCCUGCUGGGAUGUGGGACAGUCUCCAGUACCUCCGGACAGCUGGCCUCCUACCCGCUGGCCCUGGUCCGAACGCGCAUGCAGGCUCAAGCCACAUGUGAGGGUCAGCCAAGACUCUCCAUGUUGGGGCAGUUCAAACACAUCAUGUUCCACGAAGGCGUGCCUGGGCUGUACCGAGGCCUCGCGCCCAACUUCCUAAAGGUCAUCCCUGCGGUCAGCAUCUCCUAUGUGGUGUAUGAACACAUGAAAAAGAUACUCAACUGAUGGACGAAUGGCAAACAAUAGUUGCUCGCUUAUUAGGAAGAAUGUCUCAGAAUUCUGAAUAAUGGGAUAUUGACCUAGACAGUUUCAAACCUCGGGAUGCAUUUUAAACAUGAAUGCUUUGAACUGCAAGUGCUUUAUCCAUUCCUGAUCAUUCUGCUACAGUCGCUUAACUAGGUUGGUCAUAAAUGCAUGGUCUUUUAAGAUUAUUAUGAAAAAAAUUCUAACCCUAUGGGAGCUUAAAGAUGCUAUGAGUGGUAUUAUAGUUUUGUGACCUAAACUUGAUUUCUGUAGAUGCUAUAUUGGCACACAUAGCCAUUGUAAAUAUAUCUUCAGAUUGCUGUAGCAUCAACCAUCAAUAUCACAUAUUAGUUGAAUGUGCAUGUGACCAUAUGUACCACUAAAUGGUCAUCAAGACACUUCGCGGACCAUCUUAUAUGCAAACAGCAAAAAACAAACAUGCAUGCAGUGGCUGGGCAAUAUUUGGCUGCUCUCCUUUUGUACACAAGUGUAAGAAGGUCGUGGCUAGUGAGAAAGAGUCAGCAGAGAUGCUUAUGCUUCCACAACCUGAUCGUGGGUUUCUUUAGCCAACACAAAUUAACACAAAACUUGAAUGGUAUCCGAUGGAAAACCUAUGAUGAAAUGCACAAAGCCACUCUUUUUCUGAAAUAAUAACUACUAUAUUUGCUUAAAAUAUUAAAAAGAUAUUUAUUUAAAAUGAUUUUUUCAUUAUUAUUAUUGUCAAUUUGUUUAUUUCAAGAAAGAAAUCCCAUGGAAAUGAAUUAAUUAGUGAUGAAAUGGCACAGAUAACUAUAUUGACAAUCAUAUGGAAGAUAUACCAUGUUUAUGGGGAACAGGACCAACUUGUUCCAGCACCUGCACCAGAGACAUGCAGGUGUGUGUAGCAAUAAGAGAUGCAGACGCCAGCUCAAGCCACAAAGCGCCUGAAAAGAAGCAGGUCAUUCCUUAUGCCAGGAAAAGGUUUGGUGGCGGGCGACCACAGAUGCAGUGACACAUUACAUUACAAAAGAUAUGGUCAAAAACACACAUUUGUGUGUCCCAUCCUUUACUAUUCCUUCAAGCGACUGCGUGUGUGGGAGUGUGUGG